GAUAUUUUGGAUACACGCUGAUCCCACGGUGCUGUGCGCUCAAAGGGAGCUUUUUGGGCAAAUGCCAUUGCGAUGCUGUGGAUGUGACUUCAGACAACAGCUUCACUUCAGCUUCAGAGUCCUGUAAAGCACAAUGAAAGACGACUUUGCUGAUGAGGAGGAGGUGCAGUCCUUUGGUUACAAGAGGUUCGGAAUUCAGGAGGGAACGGAGUGCACCAAGUGUAAAAAUGACUGGGCACUGAGGGCGGCUAUUGCACUGCUCUAUGUGCUCUGUGCCCUGCUCACCAUAGCAGUGGCCAUCCUCGGGUACAAAGUGGUCCAGAGGAUGGACAAUGUCACAGAGGGCAUGCAGAAUUAUGGAGGCAAGAUCAAUGCUGUGGAGACAGAUUUAAAGAAACUAGAUGAUCAGGCAGGAGAGAAGUCAGGUAAUGCCACGAGUGACAUCAAGACUUUCAAGUCCGAUCUGGAGGCGUUACAGAACCAGCUGAACGAUAUUGCCCUCAGGGCCACUAGAAACAGGGACGUGCUGGAUGAGCUUCAGAUCACAGGAGAUGACAUGCAGAACGGCCACGUCUCCCUGCAGAGUUUUAUGCAGGGCAAUGAGGCCUCGCUGCGCGGGGUCAACCGGACCUUGGCCUCCUACGGCGGCAUGAUUGACAACCUCCAGACAGACACUGCAUGGCUUCAGUCAAAGAUACAGGGCCAGGUCAAAGUGCAGAGCCAGACCCAGGUUAGUAUCAGUUCACUAAACAUCACCCAGUCCCAGCAGCGCAAUCUGCUCAGCACGCUGCAGAAGACGGUGGAAGACGCAGGCCAGGCGGUGCAGAAACUGAAGAAUGACUAUCAAGGUCUGCAGCAGACAUCCAGACAAACCCAGAGUGACACAGAGUGGCUGAAGGAAAAAGUCCAGAAUCUCCAGGUUUUGGCGGCCAACAACUCAGCCCUGGCCCGUUCCAACGGAGAAGCUCUGGAUGACUUGGGGGCUCAGCUCAGCACGCUAGCCAGCCAGAUCCAGAACACCUCAGCUCUCAGUGAGGACCAAGGUCAGAGCCUGCAUGAGCUGAUGGACCACCAGAGAGACUACGACAACGCCACCUCAACUAAGUUUGACGAGAUGGAAUCACGGUUAGACAGACACGAGAACGACAUGGACCGCGUGACUGGAAACGUGAGCUUCGCAACGCAGCUCCUGGGUGCCAUCAGCACCGACCUGAACGGCCUGAGGUCCUGCGCUGAGACGGUGAUGCGACACACAGACAUGAUAGCGGGGCUGAACGGUAGUGUGACGGAGGCCGCAGCAGACAGCAAAGAGCUGCGCGCACAGCAAGAAGAGAUGGCGGCCAGGCUGGACAGUGAGGUCGCUGACCUCUCGGUUGUGAUGGAGGAGAUGAAGCUGGUGGACAGCAAGCACACGCAGCUCAUCACCAACUUCACCAUCCUGCAGGGUCCACCAGGUCCAAAGGGCCCCAGGGGUGAUAAGGGUCCUCAGGGGCCAGUGGGCCAAGCAGGACAAAAGGGUGAAAAAGGAGACAAAGGGAUGCCAGGGGUGGGGGGACUUAAAGGAGAGAAAGGUGCUGCUGGACUACCAGGGUUGACAGGUCUAAAGGGUUCAGCUGGGGCUCGGGGUCUUCCGGGGGCUAAAGGGUCCAGAGGGUCUGGAGGUCGACCUGGAAGCUCUGGUGAAAAAGGUGACCCUGGAGCUCAGGGGAUUUCUGGUAGGGAUGGAAUGUCGGGGUUGCCAGGACCACAAGGGCCACAGGGGCCCAGAGGAGCAGCAGGACCUGCAGGAAUCGAGGGUCCACGUGGGCCCGUUGGACCCAUCGGCCCUCCCGGUCCUCCAGGGCUACCAGGGAUACCUGCGCAUGCACCUCCACUUUCAAAACCUCCUCAGCCCACUCGGCCUGCUCAGCCCGCUAAGGUCCCUGAAACCCCCAAACCACCUCCACCCCCCAAUGCACCUCCGCCCCCGAAAGUACCUCCAUCCCCCAAAGCACCUCAACCUUCCAAACCAGCAGAGGAACCACAAGGCUCCGUGUCCCAGCAGAUCCAGCCCCCUGCCACCACUGCUCCAGCACCUGGUUGCCCACCUGAGUUCAGGAGGUUUGGAGACAGCUGCUAUUACUUCUCCUCCGGUUCUCAGCGGCUCAACUUUGACGAGUCCAAACAGUUUUGCGCUAACGUGUCAUCUCUAAUGCUCAUUAUUAACGACAAUGAGGAACAGACUUUUGUGAGAAAUGCAAUUGCAGGAAAAGGCUAUUUCUGGCUGGGCCUUACUGACAAGGCGGAGGAAAAUGUCUGGAGAUGGGUGGAUGGAACCUUACCUGCAUUCAAGAAGUGGAAGCCUGGCCAGCCUGAUAACUGGACCCACGGCCACGAGGACGGCGAGGACUGUGCCGGCCUCAUCCAUAAUGCCAACUGGAACGAUUUCUACUGCUCUGACCGCAUCGGCUUCAUCUGUGAACGUGCCUCUGACUAUAAGAUAGAAAGAGGGGGAAGAAAAGAAAAUACCGGGGGGGAAUCUGUUGUCAAGACACCAGCAAUGCCUCUCUUCACGACCAACCCUUUUGACCAAGAUGUUGAGAAAGCAACCAGUGAGAUGAACACAGCCGAGGACUGGGGCCUCAUUCUGGACAUAUGUGAUAAGAUAGGGCAGUCACGCACCGGGCCUAAAGAAUGUCUCCGCUCUAUAAUGAGAAGAGUGAACCAUAAGGAUCCUCAUGUGGCCAUGCAGGCACUGACACUCCUUGGUGCUUGUGUGUCAAACUGUGGGAAGAUAUUCCACUUGGAGGUGUGCUCCAGAGAGUUUGCCAGUGAAGUCAGUAACGUCUUAAACAAGGGCCACCCCAAAGUGUGUGAGAAGCUGAAAGCCCUGAUGGUGGAGUGGGCAGAGGACUUUCGCAACGAUCCCCAACUCAGUCUGAUCUCAGCUAUGAUCAAGAAUCUACGCGAGCAGGGUGUUACUUUCCCAGCUGUUGGCUCCCAGGCUGCAGAGCAAGCAAAAGCAAGCCCUGCUUUAGUGGCAAAGGAUCCCUCCACCUCAUCAAAAAAAGAAGAAGAAGACUUGGCCAAAGCUAUUGAGCUGUCACUGAAGGAGCAACGUCAGCAGCCGCAGACCUCCCUGUCGGGCCUUUACCCAAACACCUCCGGCCUGCUCUCCUCACACAAGUCCGACGGCAGGAAAGUCCGCGCCAUCUACGACUUUGAGGCCGCCGAGGACAACGAGCUCACCUUCAAGUCGGGAGAAAUCAUCACUAUCCUGGACGAUAGUGACCCUAACUGGUGGAAGGGGGAAACAUACCAGGGAGUGGGGUUGUUCCCCUCUAACUUUGUCACAGCUGACCUCACUGCAGAGCCUGAGAUGAUGAAGACCGAGAAGAAGACGGUACAGUUCAGUGAGGACAUCCAGGUGGAGACCAUAGAGCCAGAGCAAGAGCCUGUAUAUAUAGACGAAGACAAAAUGGACCAGCUACUGCAAAUGAUCCAGAGUGCAGAUCCCACAGACAACCAGUCAGACAGCGUCGAGUUGCUACAGUUAGAAGGUGCCUGCAAUCAAAUGGGACCCCUCAUUGACCAGAAGUUGGAGGAUGUAGACAGGAAGCACUCGGAGCUGUCAGAUCUGAAUGUGAAGGUGAUGGAAGCUCUGUCUUUGUAUGCCAAGCUAAUGAAUGAGGAUCCAGUUUACGCCAUGUAUGCCAAGCUGCAGAGCCAACAGUACUACAUGCAGCAACCUGCCAACGUAGCACAACAGGUCUACCCUGGUCAGCCUGCAUCAGGUUCGUAUGCCAUGAGCGGUACCGCAGUGCAGGGUUACACUGUUCCCAUGGAGCAGCUUCCUGCUGGGACCCCCAUACCUGGUCAGCCAGCUCCCAGUGACGUUCAUAUGUACAUGGGCCAGCCGCCAGUCUACACUGCCGCUCCAGGCAGCAUGGCCCCAGCAGACUUACAGUCCUACCAGAACCCAGCCCAAUGCAUGACGCAGCCGCCAAACUACAGCGCCCCCUCCGGGCCGAGCAUAGCACCUUCAGACGCCUCGCAGGUCCCCUACUCAGAGAAAGCCUUGCUAUAGGAACCCCUGAGCUCACCGCUGCCCUCACGCAUACACGUGCACCAGACCUGAUCAAAUAGUGGUCGUAGAUCAUCUCUUUUAUUACGGUGUUUUAUCAUGGGGCACCAGAUGGAUGAAAACAUUCAAAUAGAGUCGACUAAACGUGACACACUUUGUGUUGUUUUAUCUGGCAGAUAAAUAUACAGUUACACUUCUCACUCCAGGUUUCGAAGUGAUCAUUAUUAGGGUUUGAUUUGAAGAGCUCACUCCGAGACGCACACGGUCUGAAAACUGAGACACUCUGUGGUCUUUUCAUUAAUGACGUUUCUGCAUUUUCAUUCUUCUUUGUGUCUUUACACGACUCGGACGUGAAGACACAGAGGAGCUUUCAGCUGCACUUUUAUCUUCGGUUGCACUUAUUUAAGUUUCGGUCGAGUCUGAUCACUUCCAAAUCUAGAUCUGAUAGCAAUAUAUGCAUUGUCCAUAUAUUUAUGUAAGAGACCUGACAUUAACUGCUUUCUGUUUAUGAUAGGACUAUUGAGAAAUGUGGUCAUUUUUUUAUUUUAUGGGUCCGAACCACAUAAUUUGGUACCAAUUAUAGGAGAAAUAAGUUCUUAUAGAUCGGCUUUAGGUGAAUUUAUAAGCAGUUGAUGAGGAGUUUCCUUAAACGAAUGGCUCUAUCGAAACCCAAGUAAAUAUUCAUUCAUUAGUCAUUUAUCAUUGGAAACUUUAUUCUUCAUACUAUAUAUAUUUUUGGAUGUUCAGCUGACCUACUGUGUACUCACUUAAAACUUUUUAGAUUACACUAGCAAUUUAAAUGAAUUAAUUGGAAAUGAAUUGAACUGUUUAUCUAUAGUACCACAUUACCUAUAAUUAGUAUCAAAUCCCACAGUUCUUUCCUGGAAACUAUUAGGAAAUUACAGACCUGUAAAUAAUACAGCGUUAAAGCUGCGUUAGAUAACUUUGAGCAAAUAUGAUGAAAAGUUAUUUUUACAAAACUGUCACUAUAUCCUGACAUUAGCGCACGAGACAGGUAAUCUGUGACAAAAAUCAUGUUCCUUGU